CAUACCUAUCUAGUACCUAGUACUUAAUACCUACUACUCCAUACACCUACCUACCUACUUCGAACCACACCUCACGAUCACCUUGAGGAAGAUGGAGCCAAUAUCAACCCCGCGUAUUUCCGCAGCUCUCAUAGACUCUUAUAUUGGUCGCAAUGUAAUAAUCGUGGGGAAAGUCUCGCAACUUCGUGGGGAUGUCGCCUUCAUCGAGGCUGAUGGCCAGGUCCAAGCCAAUCUCAACAGAGAAUGCCAUCUUAUGGUUGGAAAUGGAGCCCAAAUUAUUGGCAAAGUGAAUCCAGACCUAAGCGUCAAAGUGCUGAAUGCCCAAGAUCUCGGCAACAAUGUCGUUUAAGGAUAUCUUCGUGUAUCCGGAUCGUGCCAUGAACUGACGGUGGACACCUGGACACGUGUCUCUGGGAUGGCCAGCUGGCU